UGACGAUCCUGCCGAUGAAACAACAUUGCGGUUUGUUGUAAACAUGGCUCCAUUCUUGGAAGUCAGUAAGCUAUUUCUCGUCUCUCUUAUUUUAGAUUAUAAUAACGAUUUCACUGCUGUGUCAAUGUUUAAUGCAACUCUUGGUGCUUUACGAAUGAUGGAUGAAGCCAAAGUACUCGGUUCUUCAAGAUGGCGAAAAUCACCCUCUGUUACCAUCGAUUCGUCUAGAUUCAUCUCUAACGUAAGGCCGCCGAAAUAGGCUAAACCAAAGCUGGAAAUGGAGACAGUUACGCCAGUCCAGGCUUUGAAUGAAAUGAUCAAAGGGGAAUUUAUGCUUAAGGCUGGUCGAGUGAACAAAAUCUCAGUGCAUUUUGCUUUGCGGUUACAGGGCAGGCCCCAUUUUAGGAGAUUCAAAUUAUCCAAAGAUUUAAGUUCACUGGAGUGGGACUCACCCCGGAAAGGAAAAGAGAAAUCUGUUGUACCAAUCUCAAUGAUGAUACAGCUUAUUAUUGGGCAAAAGACAAAGGUGUUUGAAAGCUGCCAGGUUCCACAAUAUGAGUGCCUUUCAUUUUCGAUAAUGUACAAGGUCAACAAUGGACCAAUAAGGAGUCUUGAUAUAGUUUGCAAGAGUAGACGUGAGUUUGAUAUUUGGACCUGUGGAAUCCAGGCACUGUUGUCUGGCUUUUCAGAUAUACAAGCUAUGAAUAAGGUGGAUUUUGAAGACUCUCAGGAUCAGACGGAUUCCGGAACUGUAGAGGUUGAGUUUGGGUUGCUGGGACAAGCAACUGUCCAUGUUAAGGAGGAUGCCUGUGACAUUUACACAUGGGGUGAGGGCACCAAUGGCAUGCUGGGACAUGGCGAAGAUACACAGGAAGCCCACCCACAUGUGGUGGAAGCAUUGCUCGGCAAGGACAUCAGGAAGGUGGCAUGUGGCGCCACUCAUACUUUGGCACUUUCAAAGGAUGGCGAAGUCUUUUCCUGGGGUAGUGGUUAUGGUGGUCGCCUAGGCCAAGGUCAUCUACGAGAUCGUUUUACACCCAUUCGAAUCUGUGGUCUGGAAUCCCUUAAUCUCACGCAAGUGGCAUGCAAUGAGUUCCAUUCUGCUGCUGUCUGUGAUAAUGGUGAGCUUUACACUUGGGGGAAGAGUGGGCCACGCCUUGGAUACAAGUGUCACUCCAAGCAGACAAGUCCACGCAUAGUACCUGAUCUUGAGAACGUGAGAAUCACAGGAGUCGCUUGUGGACUCAAGCAUACUCUUGCAUGCUCCAAACAGGGUGCUCUGUUCUCCUUUGGAGAAAAUGACUAUGGCCAACUAGGAAUCCCAGAAGACAAGCUGUUGACUUCUUAUAUUCAGUGUGUCUCAUCUUUGAGUGAGCAUAAGAUCUCAAGAGUAGCAUGCGGCCGCUUUCAUAGUGCGGCACUGGCGGAACAUGGCUCCCUGUGGUUAUGGGGCUGCAAUGAGUCUGGUCAGCUUGGGAAUGGGAACUACACGUCCACUUCCUUGCCUUCAUUGCUAGAGGCAGGAAAUGACCUGAGACACGAUGCAGUCAUGGAGGUGGCUUGCGGAGACCAGCACUCUGCUUUCAUUACAAAAAAAGGGCGAAUGUUCUGUUGCGGAGACAAUACCUACGGUCAACUAGGUGUUCACCUGAAUGACAAUCAGGAUGAUCAUGUGACGUAUAACGUGGCAGUGCGCGUCCGUGUCCCCACAGACUUCAGAUGCGUACACGUGGCGUGUGGAGACUCGCACACGGCUGUUGUUACUGAUGGCGGCGAGAUUUUUACAUGGGGACGAGGCAAAGGAGGUAGACUGGGUCACGGAGACAAUCUCAACAGACACCUUCCCACAGAAAUAGAGAUCGGAAUGGAAGGAAAGCAUGUCCGCGGCGUGUCAUGUGGUCGCGCGCACACCGCUUGCACGGUCACCAGGGCCUGGGUCCCAGACCAGGAAGUGAAAACAUGCAUGGCGUGUAAAACCAGAUUCACGACUGUUAGGAGAAGGCAUCACUGCCGAAAAUGUGGAGGUGUUUUUUGUGGCGCAUGUUCCUCCAAGCGGGUCCCUAUUCUUAGCCUUGGAUAUAGCGCACCGGUAAGAGUGUGUGACAAGUGUAACGCAAUCCUCACACAAGACUCCUGACCCCAUCGUCGAGGUGUAAAAAACAAUACUCCUGACGACGUGUCACGGUGUAAAGCACACCGGUAAGAGUGUGUGACAAGUGUAACGCAAUCCUCACACAAGACUCCUGACCCCAUCGUCGAGGUGUAAAAGAACAAUACUCCUGACGACGUGUCACGGUGUAAAGCACACCGGUAAGAGUGUGUGACAAGUGUAACGCAAUCCUCACACAAGACUCCUGACGCUAUCGUCGAGGUGUAAAACACAAUACUCCUGACGACGUGUCACGGUGUAAAGCACACCGGUAAGAGUGUGUGACAAGUGUAACGCAAUCCUCACACAAGACUCCUGACGCUAUCGUCGAGGUGUAAAACACAAUCCUCCUGACGACGUGUCACGGUGUAAAGAACAUCGGUACAAGUCUCUUGACGCCAUAUCACAAAAUAAAGCAAGCCAAUGAGAGUGCGUGACAAACAUGACUCCUUACUCACGCCUUAUUUUAAUAAACUUAUAGCGUCCCCGGAAUGAAUUGGACUUUGAUUCAUAAUUCUGCAUAAUAUGUUGUUUAUUUUAUGUGAAUUGUUGCAAACAAAUUCUACAAGCAAAAUACUUCCAGCAGUAUCUAAAAUAUAACACAUAUUUGUUUUUCGUACAAGGUUUCUUUGCAUUUUAUAUUAUAUUUUAUUUGAGAAAACACUUUUUUAUGAGAACCCUUUUUAUAAGAACGUCAACCAUCCUAAGACAUCGCCAAUUUUUAAGAACAUACUAUGAACAUACCGAGUCAAAAUCGUUCAUAACACCAUAUCAUUGCUAUUGAUCAUUUAUGUAAUUCUCUUAUAUUUUUAUUUACACUAAAAUUUAAGAACACCGUUAAGAACAUUUUUAGCCAUUUUAGUCUUAACUGAAAAUUAGACGUUCUUAUAAAAAGAGUUAUUCAAGAUUACAAUUCCAUAAUUAUACUUUUCUCCUUUACUAAUGCAGACCUAGCAUUACACCGAGGAUGUACCAAAUUUUGUCUCAAUCAUUUUCGCCUUAGUCCUUCCUAGUUAUAUAUAUUUUGUUUACAAAUGUGAAUGAGCGUUCUACUUGUUCAAAGCGUAUAUAACAAAACGGUUCGUGUAACACUCCGCCAUUCAAUAUUUUGGUAUUUUAUAAAGUAAAAAAAUAGAAUUUGAACGUGAUUUCAAUUUUAAACUUCCCUUAUAGAAAUCAAAAGUCAAAUUCAGCACCUAUUUUAUUAAUUUUUGAUUUCUUAUUUUGCGAUUUAAAAUCGAAAAUCAAAUAACAAUUCUAGUCCGUGUAACCUGGUAACACUCUGCCAUUCAGUAUUUUAAUGAUUUUUAAAGUAUUUUUACUAUAAUUUUUAUUUUGGAAUAAUUUCAAGGCUUCACAUUUCUAUUUUUGGCCUUUAAAAAUCGAAAAAUAAAUAACAAGUAUCAUUAUUCGAUUUUUGAUUUGGAAAUUAAUCUCAAUCGAAAUAAACUAAUUUUAAUAUUUGUUAAAUAUUCGUGUUUUAUUUUCAUUACAUUUACUCGUAUGGGCGUCCGUUAAAGGUUGUACAUUUGGGAUGGGAGGGACUAUUACUUAUUUUGUCAGAAAUAUUUAUAUCAGGGGGAGGCAAGGCAGGUCUCUGGCAAUAUUUAGUUAGGGGCUCCCAAAAAAUGAAAAUUUGUUCCCAAUUUCCCGGUUUAGUACUAAACUAUGCUAUGCCAAACCUCUCCCUGUAAAAACAUACAGAGUUGUAUUCACAUUUCAUCAAACAGUUUUGUCGAUUUACUUCGUUUAUACAUAUUUCUCAAAUUCUCGUCGAUAUCACGAGUCGAAGGCAUGCCUUACGCAAGAAUAUGUAUAUUCCUUGGAGAACAAAAUCUUUUUAAGCCCCUCUCUGAGCAUUCACGCUGCACGCCAUAAUUAUCAACCAAGACAUCCCUAACCUGAGAUAACGUGUGAUUGUUUUGCUCGACAAGGUAUCUACUGAGGUACCUUGAUACUAUACAGCCAAAACAUCGCAACGGUUCCCUAGUUAGAAUAUAAUAUACAUUUUAGGGGCAGCCCCCCCCCCCCUUCCCCCCCGAAGCCUACACGCGUUAGAUUACAUACCAAAAUAGAAAAACGGAUAUUGAAAUGAGUUCAAUUAUAAUUAUUCAUUCUAAAGAGGGAAUCAAAAAAUCGAAUAACGGUAUCUAUUAUUACUUUAAAACACAAAUAAUAAAAAAAAGUCUUAUUUUCUUACGGAACUUUUAAAUUAAAAAAUCGCCAUUUCUUUUUUAACCUAUUAUUCUGAAAAGCGUCAGAUAUUGAAUGGCGGAGUGUUACCCAGGUACUUCUUAUUUAAUCUUCGAUUUUAAAACACAAAAAUGAAAUCAAAAAUUAAAAACGAUGGCUUGGAUUUGAUUUCAGAUUUCUAAAACGAAAAUUUAGAAUGAAAAUCUCGUUCGAAUUUUAUUGUUUUACUUUAAAAAGAACUCUAUUGAAUUUGGCGAGUGUUACACGGACCACGAAUGCUCAUCAAAAUCUUUGAAUGAACGAAUUCUGCAUUCAAGAUUACUUGACCCAAAAGAUACCUUAGCGAUCCCGUAAUGAUGACAGGCGGAAAUAAUUAUUACUUAUUCGCAACUAUACAGAAUAUUGAAAUCUAUAUCUUUACUUUGACAUAUACAAAAUGUAGAAUCUUUGACAUGGAUAUUAAAAAAAAAAGGUAAAAGCCUC